AUGGCUAAGCACGUGAUGGGACGGAUAGUUAAAACAACCAUCCCACGGAGGAUCUAUCCCACAAGAUAUACAAAUGUCCCGGGAUGGAGGACGAACGGAGUUCUAGGCCAAUCACGUGGUGGCACUCAACAGCUGAGGGAAGGAGCCAAUGGAAGGAGCCACUUGAUCCAGGAAGAUAGGAUCAAGGAGGAGAUGUUCAUCCUCAACGGACCAAUCACGUUCAGCUACCCAGCAGCUUGGGGAAUGGACCAAUGGGAAGGUGCCAUUCGACCCAAGUGGAUGGGGAUGGGAGAAGCAGCUCCAGGCGUGCUUCCAUGCCAUUGGUUGCAUGCAGAAGCAAGGUGUCGCGUUCUGAAGCUCAGACGCCACCUCGAGCUUCCGAAAACCUAUAUAAAGGCCCCCUUGGUCUUCACUUCCAAACCACACCACAAACUGAAAACUAGAGAGAAACUAGAAAGAGAAAGAGAGAGGGCGUGGAGAAGAAGAGGAAGAAGAAGAAAGAGGAGAAGAGAAGAAGAUCCAGAGGCGGAUCAGCAUCGGGCUAGAGCGGGGAGGCUAGGGUCGGGGUCAGCCGGGUCGUCUAAAAUCUGGAGAGAAGUUAUGCCGUCAAACCUCUUAGUGUUUGAAUGCAGGUUAUGCAUUCGUGGUGAGGAUCUGGAUGGCUAUGCCAUCAGAUCUAUUUUGUGGAGGUUCUGGUUGGUAAUCUUUCACGCGGGGAAAGCUCUGCUUGAGAGUAAUCUUUCACGUAAGGGAGAGCUCUGCCACAGAACCGGGGGGUGGUGUACUCAAGACAUUCACGCACAACUCCUUUCAUGUGUGAUUGUUAGGAGGUGCCCCAGCCUAUUACAACGGUGUGGGAAGAACUCGGAGAGACGGGAUUGCAGCCUAGGCCGAGUUAAUAUCAUACGACGGUAUGAUCCGACUAACAGUGAGGUUAGGUCGAUGAGUGAGGGCCGGUCAGGUUACUGGCGCGGUGCUUCGCGUGUGCGUGUAAUGAGUUCCCUUGGUACACCAGUUAGAGGUUUUCACCGGUGA